AGCUCGGCUCUUGUUUAUUCGAGUUCCGAACGGCAGCCGAGUCGGAGGGUAAACCUUGCGGAUUAACUUAGCCCCAACCAGGACCCCGUCUAUAUAUACGAUCUAUGCUCUCCCUAUAUAUAUAUAUCUUUUGUUCAGUGUUUGUGUCGUGCAAAAAAAGAAAAUAAAGUAAGAAACAGCCAGAGAGCCAAGUAAAUCCAAAAUCAAAACAAAAUAAACCGAAUUAUGAUAUUCCCACGUCGGUGUAAAGUGAGAUGAUUUGAGGUCUGUGUGUUACAAAUCCUUUCCCGUGCCGUCGCCCCAACAUCAUGCUCGACAAAUUCAACAUAAACGCAUUCAUAUCGUUUGGACUGGGAUUCAUACUGAUGUGGCUGAGCGAAGCCACGGAAGCCCACAUGAACUACACAGCCAAGCCGCGAGUAGUUCUUCCGCCUAAUUAUGUCAAGGAAAUACGACCGCCCUCGAAGAAGGGCUCACCAGUGAUAGUAGACUUUAGCAUAUUCGUUGUAGAUAUUAACUCAAUUAACGUAGAGGAUAUGGACUUUAGCGAUACUGUGUACAUUUUCAGAGUAGACAUGUUUAUACAUCAGCGCUGGCUGGAGUCGCGCCUGGAGAUCCCAGAUGACAUAUUCGAGGAGGGCGACGACUACGUGACGCUGCUUCCAGAGGUCUUUGAGAAUUUUUGGCAGCCGGAUCCGUACUUUCUUAAUUCCAAAAUUGCCGGAUACGGAAGUCCAUAUGUUGCGUCCACCUCCCUGCUACGCAAUAAGGGUGAAAGAGAUUCGAAAAACUUUCAUCUAGACAAAGAUAUAAAAAUAGCGACACUGACCCACAAGUUCACGUCGGUGACGCUCUACAAGAACAAGACGGUGCGCUAUGCGGCGCGGAUGCACGCGAUCAUCGCCUGCCAGAUGGAGUUCCAGCUGUACCCCAUGGACAUCCAGGUGUGUCCCAUCUACAUCGAGAGCUUCUCGUCGAACAAUCAGAAGGUUAAGCUGCGCUGGUCGGACUCAGGGGUGACCCUCAAUCCGGAACUGAAGCUGCUGCAGUACAAUCUGGGCCAGCCGCUGGAACUGGAGGAGAGCGACGGCUACAUGCCGGAGAAGGUGGGCAACUUCUCCCGCCUCACCGUGUACUUCCGCUUCGAGCGCCAGAUUGGCCACCACCUCAUCCAGACCUUUGCCCCCUCAUCGCUGGUGGUGAUGCUGUCCUGGUUCAGCUUCUGGCUGGGACUGGACGCCAUUCCGGGGCGCGUAACGCUCCUGGUGACCUGCAUGCUGACCCUGGUGACCAUGUUUACGGGCGCCGACAUUCCGCCAGUGGCUUACGUAAAGGCACUGGACCUCUGGAUGGCCGGGUGCAUGCUGUCCGUGUUCGCCGCGCUGGCUGAGUUCGUGGUGGUGAAAGUGCUGGACGUGCAGUACCAGUACCAGGUGAACCGCAUACCCAAGGUACUGCCCAUGCGCAUCAGCAACAUGGAGAAGGGUCAGUGUGCGACGGUGGCCAGUUGGGAGGGCGGAGCUGUGCGGUCGCGGAAGGCCACUCAGACGCCCACGACACCGGGCCAGACAUCGCUCCAGGGAAACGGCGGACCGCCCAAGCCAGCAAGACGUCAAAGUCUACUUUCCGUGGCGUGGACGGAUACGGAUACCGGCGUGGAGAAGAUCAUGUGGCGGGAGAUCGACAAGGUGUCCCGCGCCGUAUUCCCCAUCCUCUUCUUUGUGUUUGUGCUCCUGUACUGGCCGAUACUGCUGAUGAAGUCGUCCUAGGAUUUGGGGAGCUCCAGACUGCACAUGUCUGGACUCCGUUAAAAAGUCGAACAAACGCGAAUAUGCUGAUGAAACUGCAACUGGACUGGAUUUGAAUAUGCACACUUCAAGUGCAAUGUCAGUGAUGCUAGAUAUUUGGAUCGGAAUAUCUGGAAACCGAGAGCUCUAUGCUGCACGUCAUCAAAGUACAAGAAACCACAAGGAAAGUCUACAGUUACCUAAAUACAUCCAUCGGGUACAUCGAAAUGCCAGUACUGAGUGUUACGGACUACUUGCUCACAAGGAAUAUAUAUUGUUCAUUUGAGUAUAUGCUUUGUACAGAUCCAAACAAUAAUGAUAUGUCCCCCAAAUUAUUUCAAAUCUAUGCCUCAAUCGCAGAACUAAACACGUAUGUAACUCUUUCGGCAGGACACCGCGCACUCCCACAGGAUGGAAUGCUUCGCUACUCAACUAUAUUAGCCAUGAUCCCACGAGGAUAACCCAAAUUUGAGUUUAGUUCUGCCUUAUGCAUAUAUAUGUACACCGGAUAUGAAAGAAACGUAUAUCACUGUGCUAGUGACAAUACCCAGAGUCGAAAGGGUUGUCCCUACUUUCAAAGUAUACCCUCUAUUACAAUUGCGAGCUACACGCAUAAAUCAUUUUCGGGCAAACGAUUUGAAUUGAACUUUUGUAUUAGGCUUAAGCAAAUCAGCCAAGUUAUGGAAUUGGUGCUUUACGGAGAUAAUAAUACAAUGGCCUCAAAGGAUAUUUGGAUUGUAAAUAACGAAACGAACAGUGAAUGCUUUUAGAGAUUUUUACAUAUUUAGAAUUAUUUAUCCAUUAUAGCGCAUUUUAAUGCAAACAUUAGAGCUGUGGCUUUUACAUCUAAUACUAAAAUCGACCUGUAGUUCAAACAGCGCACAUCAGGCAGAAUUUUUGAAACUAUAAACAUAUAUAUAUAUAUAUAUAUAUAUAUAUUUGUUAAGCUAAAUCGAGUUUAUAUUUGAUAUGGAAAUACAAACACAAUGUAAAUACAUUACAUCACUACUAUAUAUAUUACAUGCAUAUAUUUAUCUAGGGUUGUAACUGCUAUACCAAGUUAAGUUUAUAUAAAUAUCUGUAUUCUUUCCAUUUUUAAGUUAUGUUGUUCACUCAGCUCAUCGUAGUUCAGUGAACCCUCUAACAAUGUUAUCGAAAAGCUUUAAAUUUAUUCUUAAUAAAAGACAAGGCGCGUACAUCUAUCAAACAAA